GGUGGCUGAGCCGGUAGACCCGCAGCUCCGUGCGCUCAGCACCUUCUCCCCAGGAAGGUCCCCGAGUUGGCAGCUCUGGGAUCAGGCGCGUCGCCCCGAGGCUGCGCGGCAGGUCGGGGCUGGGCCGGCAGGGGCCGGGACCCCGCGCUGUCCCGCUCUCUCACUCUCGCAGCCACUCCCUCGCAGCCAAGCCGGUCGCGCAUUCCCACUGCCUUUCUGCGCGCGGCUCCAGGGUGCGAUGGACGCGGCACUGCUCCACAGCCUGCUGGAGGCCAACUGCAGCCUGGCGCUGGGCGAAGAGCUGCUGCUGGACGGCUGGGGGCCGCCUCUAGACCCCGAGGGUCCCUACUCCUACUGCAAUACGACCUUGGACCAAAUCGGGACGUGCUGGCCCCGGAGCGUAGCUGGAGCCCUCGUGGAGAGGCCGUGCCCCGAGUACUUCAACGGCAUCAAGUACAACACCACCCGGAAUGCCUACCGAGAAUGCUUGGAGAAUGGGACGUGGGCCUCAAGGAUCAACUACUCACAGUGUGAGCCCAUUUUGGAUGAUAAGCAGAGGAAGUAUGACCUGCACUAUCGCAUUGCCCUUGCUGUCAACUACCUGGGCCACUGCAUUUCCGUGGCAGCCCUGGUGGCCGCCUUCCUGCUUUUCCUGGCCCUGCGGAGUAUCCGCUGUCUCCGGAAUGUGAUUCACUGGAACCUCAUCACUACCUUUAUCCUGCGCAAUGUCAUGUGGUUCCUGCUGCAGCUCAUCGACCAUGAAGUGCACGAAAGCAACGAGGUGUGGUGCUGCUGCAUCACCACCAUCUUCAACUACUUCGUGGUGACCAACUUCUUCUGGAUGUUCGUGGAGGGCAUCUACCUGCACACGGCCAUCGUCAUGACCUAUUCUACUGAGCGCCUGCCCAAGUGGCUCUUCCUCUUCAUCGGAUGGUGUGUCCCCUGCCCCAUCAUCGUUGCCUGGGCCAUUGGCAAACUCUACUAUGAGAAUGAACAGUGCUGGUUUGGCAAGGAGCCUGGCGACCUGGUGGACUACAUAUACCAGGGCCCCAUCAUCCUCGUGCUCCUGAUCAAUUUUGUAUUUCUGUUCAAUAUCGUCAGGAUCCUAAUGACAAAAUUACGAGCCUCCAGCACCUCUGAGACCAUCCAGUACAGAAAGGCGGUGAAGGCCACCCUGGUCCUCCUGCCCCUCCUGGGCGUCACCUACAUGCUCUUCUUCGUCAAUCCCGGGGAGGACGACCUGUCUCAGAUCGUGUUCAUCUACUUCAACUCCUUCCUGCAGUCCUUCCAGGGUUUCUUUGUAUCUGUAUUCUACUGCUUCUUCAAUGGAGAGGUGCGGUCGGCUGUUAGAAAGAGGUGGCACCGCUGGCAGGACCAUCAUUCCCUCCGAGUCCCUGUUGCACGGGCCAUGUCCAUCCCCACAUCACCCACGCGGAUCAGUUUCCAUAGCAUCAAACAAACAGCCACUGUGUGACCCCUGGCCACCUGCCCUGUCACUGCUCCCCAUCCCCUGCUGCCCUCCUCUGGGCGCCUUGCUGUGCAGGUCCUGGUGGGGCAGGGGAAGGGAGGGUGGAGACGAGCACCCCAGCCUGGCAGGAGAGAGGCAGUGCAGCAGCAAAAGGGGACUCUGCCCACCCAGGGCCAGCUGGGGCCACAAGCUCUGUGCAGUUAGAAGCAGGGAAUCACAGGAGUCCCCAAAGAGAGCAAGUCAGAUGUCUCCAGGCAUUGGCACCUCCCAGCCCCUGUGGUCAGAGCCU